UGAAGAUUUGCCGAAGCGCUCCUCGAAAACACUGGGAACAUAAGUGAAAAUGUUGGGACUACAACGUUUAGCCGGCAGUAUUGUGACGCAGCUCUAUCGACGCGCCACAUACAGUAGCAACACACGUGCGGCGAGCGCGGCACUUGCAACGGCGGCAAGUAAUGGAGUGGGAUCUGGAGCGACCGAUGAGCCAGAUGCUCGUACGCCGGCGGCAGAGGCGAGCGCCAGGAAACAAAAGAGCUCGGGUCACAUGGUCGCAGCGGCAUUUGAAUCACUGCGAAAUGAAAACGAAUCCAAAGGGAAAUCAGCGGCAUCUAUCGGCAAUAACAUUGAUGAACGGAUUGUCAACGCUAAGACAGUAAACGGACUGUUGGCCAUAACAGAGAACAACAACGCAUUUUCACGUAAACAUGCCCUGAAGAUUGUUUCAAUACUAGCCGAAUGGAGCACCAUUAAUCGUGUUAAAAUAUCUGAGUUCGAGAAUGAUACGAGGUUCCUUCGCGUUUGUCGAAUGCUGGGCCGCACAGUGCCCAAGGAUGGAGCCAAUGGAAAAAAUGGUGGCUCUAACAACAACAACGCUUCGAAACGCAUUUCCGGCUUUCGCACUGAUGACUUAAAUACGGUCCUAGGUGUGGCGGGUGACGAUGAGGCGGCCAAGUUAAUAGCCAGCAUAAGUCUGCCGCAGAUGGUAAAGGUGAUGAGCACCUUGGCGCAGCGAAAACGUCGCAGUACUCCAUUGCUGCGCUCGCUGGCGUUCAACAUAAGUAGCUCCUCGGAACAGCUGGAUCUGAAGCAAUCAGCCGAUGUGCUGUAUGCCAUGUCCACGCUCAAUUUCCAGGACUCUGUGCUCGGUGCUAAAGUGUGUGCAGAUGUACAAGCUGCACUGCCAAAGAACUCGGAAAAAUCAUCCGUUGUGGGCUCCGUACUCACCAGUCUCGGCAUAAUGCGCUAUCGUGAUUUGGAUAUACUAGAAUCGUUAACGCAGUGGCUGCUAAACAAUAGUGAAAUCUGUCGGCCUCAGGAUCUCAGCGCUUACUUUUUAACAGCGGCGCUGCUUAACUUUAAAAGUGCACAUUUGGAGGAUGUGCACAAAAAGCUGGCGAAGUCCAUUGUUCGAGAGGACUUCAAAAAGCAAUCAGACUGGCUAAACUAUGUUUGGUCGCUGACAAUGCUGGGUCUUGUGGAUCACAGUCAACUGGAGUCGGUGCUGAGCGCGGACUUCUUGGCUAAAUUGGAGAGUGACAAGGCCGGCUUAACGCCAACAGCAAAAAUGAGGCUUCUAAAUUUAAACAGUUAUGCGCAACUUUGUGCUAGCGACUACAAGGGCGUCCUGCUGCCAGCCGAUAGUGCUGUCUACCAAGUGCCCAUGGCGCACACGAAGACGAAACACAUUCUUGUCAACGGUAUGCUGGACGCGCUUAAGAGUCUGCUGCCGGCCAGUAAUCAUGUGCAAGGCUCGGUGGAUAGUAAAAUGGGUUUCCUAAUUGAUGCGGUAUGUCAGUUCGAUGCAAAAAGAAAUCCACUUCCCCUGGAUAAGAUGAAUCCAGAUGCCAUCAGAGUCGCACUAAUGGUGGUUGAUUUUCAUGACAUUUGCCAUGGGACGCAUCGUAGUGCCAGCGGCAUAACGAAUCUAGCGUUCGAUCUGCUGGAGAAGAGUGGCUAUCAAGUGAUACCUGUGCCCUACAACGAAUUCAACACCAGUGACAAAUUACUGAAGCGUGUUCAGUAUUUGGAGGCGAAGUUUAAGGCCCUUGUUAGUAGCAAAUAAAAUCAAUUAUAGAUUUGUACUGUUUUCAUCAUAAUUUGAAUUGUUUGAUUAUUGUAAUUUUAUAAUUAUAUUAGGCACUGCAUUAAAGUAAACUAUUCAAAUCCGGUAUCUGCAAAAUUUAAA